CAUCACCUCACUUCCUUGUGUGGUGCAGCCGACUCUCCUAUUCUCCCCUUGCACAUCAGAAUGGCACCGUCAGACACCUACCAGGGCACCAUCCUCAUCAAAGGCCUUGCCGCCGAAGCUGGUCCUACUGUCGGCCCAACGUGCAGCACUGCCGCAACACCCCGAUGGAGCUCACGCAGUGGCAGCCUGUUCUGUGCGUACGCCAGCCCCGGUCUUGGUCUUUGCCUCCAUCACUGGCACAGCUGCGGCCAGCAGUGGCCCUGCUGGCACUUCCCCCUCGCACCCGAUGGCUAUAACAUGGCCACGGCCCCAUCGACGGUGGUAAGCGCAAAGGCCGAAACAUGGAGCCCGAGUUUGAGGUCAACACGGCGAAAGGGCAUAGCGACAAGCCUCAAGCCAAGCGCCCAUGGACCAACAAAUUUUCAACGCCAACACCAGCAUCCUGCCCCAACUAGAGGGCACCGGCCAACCUCAGCGUGGUUCGUACGUUUCGCGUCAAAGUCCGGCAAGAAUGCCCACCUGUACAGGACUUCGUCAAAGCACUGCAGACACUGGCUGGCUGGGCUGCUCCAGAAGAUGGCAGGUCUGGGGGCUGAUCUGAAC